AUUUCUCUUUCCAUAAAAAAAAAAAAUCGUAGCAUUAGAACGGGGUGUGUCGACUUUUUAUAUUCAUUGUACAUGUAAAACGUGAUUUCAUGCAUUUAAUUAGCUACACAGAAAGUCAAACGUGAAACUAUAAUCAUUCAAUUCAAUUGUUUAUUUCAAACUCAAAGCUUCUUAAAUCAUCAAGCAUCAAAUUAGGAAAAGUAAUACAAUUGUAGUUGCACAUUGCAAAGAAUUACGCAACCAGUUAUGAUGUGACAGCAUCUUAUAAACGAGGAUGUAAAAUAACAUGACGUAGUUAUGUUGCGUACAUUGAAUAUCUAAAAUUCAAGUUGAUUCAUUUUUUGAAUUAGGUGGAUUGUUAAAAAUAUAUUUUUUAAUUAAGGCGAGUCAUGAUGAUGUUAAUGGUUAAUGCCUUUUACUGUGAUAUUGGAUCAACUUAAUUUAUGUAUUACUAUUAAUAUUUCAAAAACCAACCUAGCCGUGUGGUCGGCUCGGUAACGAGCUCUCUAGUUCCGUCUAUGUUUUUGUGUUUUUUUGUUGGUCUUUGGAGACAUUCCGCGACUUACUUACACAGGGGAAGACUUGCUAAACCUCAGGGAGUCGCCUGCAGACUUUCUUUCACCGACUGCAACAAAUGAUUUCUCGUAGUUACUCACCAGUGGAGUGGCUGCGAUCUACGGCGCAUGGAGGCGACGCCACAGGGGGAAGUGAGCCGGCGUGCAGGUCAAGCUCCGGAAGAGACUAUUGCGAAUGCCGCUCCCAUCGCUUCACCUCACAAAUCUACCCAACAAAAUGGGCGAGCUGCAUCUUCUCACAAAGACCAGUAAAGACUUAGGACGUUCCGCCGCCCUGGGCUUCACGGAGACACGGCUGUGUGAACACGUCCCCGAAGGUGCCCUACUGCUUCCGGGCUUCCAACUUCACCGGGCGGACCGCUUCCCGGAGCUAUCGGGGAAAACAAAAGAAAAGAAAACACAACAGGCCUAACAUCUGUGGUCACGCAGGCCUUUGAACACCUCGUGCUGGACCACCUCAAGAGCAUCACAGGUCCCCUUCUGGACCCCCUUCAGUUUGCCCACCGAGCAAACAGGUCUGCGGACGACGCAGUCAACAUAGGGCUGCACUUCAUCCUAGAACACCUCGACGGUGCAGGGACCUACGCGAAUAUCCUGUUUGUGGACUUCAGCUCUACGUUCGACACAAUCAUCCCAGAACUCCUCUCCUCCAAGCUUCUCCAGCUCAACAUCUCGCCUGCCAUCUGCCGGUGGAUUUACAGCUUCCUGACGGGCAGGACACAGCAGGUGAGGCUGGGGGACACCAGCUGCGGUGCGGCCGACACAACCCGGAGCUGAACACGCUCAAGACUGUAGAGAUGAUCGUGGACUUCAGGAGGCAUCCUUCGCCACAGCUGCCCCUCACGUUGUCCAGCUGCUUUGUGUCAACUGUCGAGACCUUAAAGUUCCUGGGAAUUACAGUCUCUCAGGACCUGAAGUGGGAGUUCAACAUCAACUGCGUCCUCAAAAAGGCCCAGCAGAGGAUGUACUCCCUGCGGCUUCUGAGGCAAAACGGCCUUCCACGGGAGCUGCUGAGGCGGUUCUACACAGCGGUCAUCGAGUCGGUCAUGUGUUCUUCCAUCACAGUCUGGUUUGGAACUGCUACAACUGCAACGGACAAUCGGGACUGCCGGAAAAAAUCGUCGGUACCCCUCUACCCGCCCUUGAGGACUUGCACGCUGCCAGAACUAAGACAGGAGUUUGCAAAAUCCUCUUGGAGCCUCCGCAUCCUGGUCAGCGCACCUUCCAGCUCCUUCCCUCAGAUCAUCGCCUUCACCGUGGCAGACCAAGGUUUAAGACCCCGACCGGACCAUCCGCUAACAUCCCCCGGACUCACGGCUGUGGUGUCCUUGAGCAAGACCCCGAUACCCCGAACUUGUCCCCGGGCGCUUCAACAGUCCCCUCCGCCAGUGUGUUCCACUAACAAGUGUGUGUGUUCACUGUGAUGGGUAAAAUGGAAAGAACAAAUUUUGUGUGCAUUCAUGACAAUAAAGGUGGUGGAUUCUUACUUUGACAGCGAAGCUCAACUGGGAGGGGCAAUAAACAGCUGGAAGCCUCUUUUUUUUAACUAUCUGCCAAACUACUCCGUCUUAUCUCAAGGCACCACUGGAUCGGGUUUUAUAGCAAAACUAAAGCCUUCUCGAUACGACAUCCGCGUAAAUCUGUCCUUCUUGAAGCAUAUACAGGAAUUUAUCUUCUGUUGAAUGGUCAGAAUCUUCCUCUGGCACUUAGGCGGAAGCCUUUGAAGAUGCAGGAUGCUUGGGAGCCGCUUUGCACCUUAAAUCAAACUAAAAGUGUCGUAUAUCCGAAAUUGCGUGAUGUAACCACCCGCCAAUCAGAGCCCAAGAGAAUAAAGUCCCACAAAACUGCUUCAUUGUUCAUUGUUUUGUAUAC